ACACAAAUAACAUGGAGUCAGUUCAGUCCUGGGUUUCAGAGCACAAGCUCACUACAGUUGGGGGGCUAUGGGCCUCAGGAAUAGGAGCAUCACUGAUUGCUUAUUCAAGAGCAAGGUCUCCAAUGAAGCCAAGUCUUAGGCUUAUACAUGCCAGGAUGCAUGCACAGGCCUUAACACUAGCAGUGUUGUCGGGUGCUGCAGCUUAUCACUACUAUGAGAAACGAAGCAGUGACAUUGCCAUGGCUAAUAAUAAUAAUGAACCAAAUAUCACAAAAUCACUUAUGGAAGAAAAUACUACAACUUCAUCAAGUGUGUCACACCAAUGGGAGCUCCUUAGUCCUUUCUAAAUCAACUUAUUAUUAUAUAUUGCAAUUGCUUUCGUUCUUUUUUUUUAUUUAAAUGUUUAUUAUCUAUAUAAUUAAGAACCUGGGGGGAGGGAACUGAGAAAGCUAGCAGCAGUUGUAAUCUCGAUCUAUAUCUAUGUAGUAGGAUCAAUAUGUAUGAAUUCUAACGAUGUAUGAUGAUGACGAUUAAUUAGAAGUUUAUCGACUCCAAAUGUGUCUCGUUAUUUUCCAUAAUUCCCCCCCAGAAUGCAAA